UCGAUGUAGCGCCAGAGCUGCCAACAGAAGGCAUGGAAAAGCCUUGUUUGACUGAGAACGGAGGAUGCAAGUUGCUUCUACUUUUUAUUAAUUUUAUAUAAUAUUACAUACAAUGAUUGGUUGAGGUGAAGAAAAGAGGAAGGAAGAUUCGGAAGCGACUGUCUUCCUCUGUUUUCAACCAAAAAAAAAAAAAAACUUUUCCAUGUCUUUGUUAAUUCCUAGCUUUCUUCCUCAUCAGUUCUGGGUGCGGCUCGUUGGAAAGAGGGAACUUUAGGAAGAGAGCUCAGCAGAAGCAUGGCUGUUGAAAUAAUACAAUUUCUCAUGAGUAAAUUUGUGGACGGUCUUGGAGAAGAGGACUCUGCAACAAUUCCUUUUAUUCACCAAUUCCAAGAGAUCAAGGAAGAUCUGGAAAAGAAAACAAGGUUCUCCAUGUCGCUAGGCACCACCAACCUGCUCCAAGAAUCACUCAACAACCUAAAUGACAUACUGAUCGAGUGCCAAGUGCUGUCCAAGAAGAACAGGAAUCAUGAGCAGAGUAAGCGUUCGUACUUCUAUUCUUUAGCUGAUCUGUAUUUUCUUUUCAAAACCCGGAAGAGGUUGCUUAGGAUCAAACGAAAAAUCCAGACCAUAAGUGAUGGAAGGGCAGAAGCAAAUCCAAGUAGUGGUCCUUUGCAUGGUGACAUGGGCAGGCGGAGGCCAGCGGAGUUCGACCGCUGGACUUCUCAAGCUGUGGACAAAACCAAGGUCCAUGGACUUGCCAAUCAGCUGAUUGAAGCGGAGAGAAUGCUAAUGGAAGAGGGUAAGAAUGGCUUCAAGGGAAUUGGAAUUGUUGGGAUGGGUGGUGUCGGUAAAACCGUGCUAGCACAACUGCUCUUUAACAAUCAGCAGGUGAGACGGCGCUUCUAUCCAAGGCUCUGGGUUUCUGUAUCAGAGACAAUCAACAGAGGACAAGAUCUGAGAAGAGAGAUUCUGGAGAGGAUGCUAACGUCUCUUGGAGUCGAGGAGGAUGUUAUCACUUCCAUUUCAAAUUCUCAUUCAAGAAGCAACAGCCUUGCAGAAUUGAUGUUCACCCUUCACCUACAACUGAUGGGCAAGCGAUACCUCAUUGUAUUCGAUGAUGUUUGGAGCAAUGAUGAAUGGUAUGAGAAUUUGGAUUCCGGGCUGCCAAGAGAUGGUGAAUGGGCUGACCGUCUGGCUUUUGGAUUGCCGAAGGGAAGCGGUGGUGGAGCUAUCGUCACUAGUAGAUUGGAAGAGGUGGCUAUAAAGAUGGUUGGGGAAGAAAAUCUGUACCACCUUCAACCUCUCACCGAUCGCGAAAGUUGUUGGGCUAUAUUCAUGGAUGCACUAACGAAAGAUGGCCACAUGUCCGAUUAUCCUACCAUAAGAGGCAUGAAGAAGGAAAUUUUGGACAAUUGCAGUGGCCUUCCAUUGGCUGCAAAGACUGUUGGGGAGAUUUUGAAUGGAUCCUUCUCAUCAUCUGGAGAUUCAAGCAGGAAAACAAGCUUGAGUGAUGAUAGCUAGCUCUAAGGAAGUGGAAGUGUUUGAUAAGAUUAUGUUCAUUUGUUGCUGGAUAAAUACCAUUACAUGUACUUCCAUUUUUAUCUAGUGAUCCAUGAAUUAUAUCUUUAUUAACAUUA